AUGGCUCAAGCAUUUACCACGGCUUAUGACCGACUUGAACUGUACACCCUCAUGGAGCAGCUUCAGAGGUUGGUUCUUUACUACGACACAGACUAUGUGGUCUAUGCCUGUGAGAAGGACUCUCAGUGUGGAGGGAGGAUGUGCUGUGCGGUCAGCUUAUGGAUCCGAAGCCCGAGGAUGUGUGCCCCUAUGGGACAGGAGCGAGACGAUUGCCACUGCUUGAGUCACAAGGUUCCCUUCUUUGGCAAAAGACUACACCACACAUGUCCAUGUCUUCCAAAUCUGGCAUGCAUCACCACAUCCGAGGGCAAAUCAAAAUGUCUUUCCCCGUACAUGUACCAAGAAUACUACCUCUGA